GUCUAGCUCUCACUUAUAAAGGGAAGGCCGCUUGUAUAUAGUGCUCGCUCGGUUAUCGUCCGCUGUUAACCGAGAACUUCGCAGGUCUAAUGCGAAGCAAAUUUAUGUUUAUUUAGUUCGAUCCGUACGGUAAAUAAGUGUAGAUAUCGCGCUCGGUUCGCUAUUCACCGGAGCAGCACCGCACGCGGCGUCCGGGUCUCACUUUGUUUCCGUGCUAUACGUGUUUGAAAUGAUAUAGUUCCACAAUGAACGGGGAUAGUAUUACUGUUAGCGGUGUGGAGGCCGAAUAUACGGACAUUGCGAACAAAAAUGCGUGGGCUCUCGUUUAUCAGAAAAUCGGCCGGAAGUGUCACGCGUACCCAUACACAUGCACCGAGGCGAAGAAGUUGGAGAAUAAGCCGCUGAAUCGGUACCGGGAUGUGAACCCGUACGACCACAGCCGCGUCAUCCUCAAGCGAUGCGAGAGGGACUACAUCAACGCAAACUUAGUCAAGAUGGAGCGAGCCAACCGCAAGUACAUCCUGACCCAGGGCCCUCUCGCGUUCACCGUCGGCCACUUCUGGCUGAUGGUGUGGGAGCAGAAGUCCCGCGCCAUCCUCAUGCUGAACAAGAUCAUUGAGAAGAACGAGACCAAGUGCCACUGGUACUGGCCUCGGGCCGUCGGUGAAGAGAGCAAGCUGGUGCUCAAGGACGUGCAGCUGACGGUGCAGCAGACACAGGAGGAGGACUUCAACUACUACUCCACCAGGGUGUUCAGGAUCGUGGACCUGGAAACCAGCGAGUCUCGCGAAGUGAUCCAGUUCCACUACACAACCUGGCCCGACUUCGGCGUCCCGCAGUCCCCGCACGCGUUUCUAGAGUUCCUCCGGCGCGUGCGGGCGUCGGGCGCGCUGGACGCGGACGCGGGGCCCGCGGUGGUGCACUGCAGUGCGGGGAUCGGCCGCUCCGGGACCUUCUGCCUGGUGGACUCGUGCCUUGUCAUUAUCGAGAACGAGGGCAUAGAGAGCCUGAGCGUCCAGGAGGUCCUGCUGGAGAUGCGCAAGGACCGCAUGGGGCUCAUCCAGACCCCGGAGCAGCUGCGCUUCUCCUACCAGGCCAUCAUAGAGGGCGCCAAGCGGCUGGACCCUAACUACAAGGAACCUCAAAUGGAGGAGAGCAUAUACUCGUCCGUGGCCGAGGAGGAGGAGCCCCCCCCGCCCCCGCCGCGCGGCGAGAGCCUCUCCGCGGCCCCCAAGAGGCCCCUCCCCUCCAUACCCAACAGUGCCUCGCUUGGCGACAUGCACCAGUUCACCGCGGAGGCAUCGUCGGACGACAGCCUGCCUGCCUCGCCCGCGCCGGGCGCCUCGCCCGCCUCGUCCGCCGACGACGAGGACGAGCCGCCUCCGCCCGACAGCGUGGAGCCGGGCGCGGAGCUGCGCCGGCGCCGCACGCGCGAGCUCGCCGAGCGCGUGUCCGCCAUCAAGCGGCGCGCGCGCGACGCCGAGCGCUGGCACGACCUCAAGAGGUCCUUGUACAAACCGCUUACCAUCACCUUCGGCGUCAUACUGGCCGGCAUUGUCAUCUAUGCUUACGUUAAACACUAGACAUGACCGAUACAUGUCCAAC